UUUCAAAUGUAAAGCCAUAAGUAGAAAGAAUCAUGGUUUUUUUCUGUCGUGCCUGCUAGAAUUUUGCAAGUUCUUUGACAUUGUUUUCCUUUGCUUCAUCCUUUAGCUCCUUUGUGACAUGCCCCCCUAAGCCUUUUCCUCAAUUUAUCCAAGGUUCUUAUCAAAAUCCAUAAUUUUGGCAGCCAAGCCUGCCCUCCACUUAUACAUGAAGUUGAUUUAUAGUUGAGUAUGUAUGGUAAUCCUCUGUGCUCCCUUGUACUCUCUUAUCCCACUUUUUCAGCUGCUUUUAAAAUGUCCCAGUUUCUCUCUUCUUUCCCAGUUUUCCCCCUUUGUUCUCAGUUUACUUCAAGUGCUGCAACUGAAUUGAAAGGGAAAAAGUAGACAGAGAAAAGAGGGAGUGAAAUUGCCUUUUCCUGUAGACCCAGGCAAAAACAAAUGGCUGCAGCUUCUUCUAGCUUGUGUUCUUCCUCAUGAAUGCCUUUUGCCACCAGACCUCAGUCUGAUGUUGCUUGGCCGCACAUCUGUUUUCAUCUGUGAAAUGUUGGAGGGUAUAAUGUGACAGACAGAUAGUUGGUAUUUGCUGCUUCAGAAUGGUCCGAGCACAACACAUUUGACAAAACUCAUACAUAUUCAUAAUAUUAUAAAAUACUCAGGUUGCCAUCUUUUCCCUAAUGGAUACUAAUGUUCUUAAAAAUUGCAUGCCAGUCAACUGAUGUUCCUUCCCUUAAUUCUAGGAGCGGAAGAGUCUUAAACCUGAUGCAUUUCCGCCUGGCAGACACUUGCUAAAAUCAUCGAGCUUCUUUUCAGGAUAAAAUUGUAGCUCCUGUAGAUAAUGGCAAUACUGUAAUUACUUUUAUCAAGCCCAACUCUCAAACAGUAUCAUGUUUUUAAACUAGGCACACUUAGAAUUAUUGAAUGCUACUUGUUAUAUCGUACAUGCUCAGGGUACUUCUAAAGAGAAAUUUGCUUGAUUUUGGAUUUUCCUUAUGUGCCUGCUACAGUGUGAAGACUUAAAGGAUUUCUUUCACCACAAAGAACAGCAGACUACAUUUCCACGGAAGCCAAAGAAUUCAUCACCCACACAGGAUUCACUGCAGUAUGGAAUGAAUGCAAUGAGAUAAUAGAUUUCAGUUAUGACCACAAAAAUAGGGGUGACUGAAACCCACCAUGCAAGUUCAAAUAUUCACAACUUGGCUCUCCAGCACAGAAGUGAAAGUACUGAAAGAGUAAAAGAUGGUAAAAACAGUAAAUCUGAUGGUGAAAGAGAAAAAGCCACAGUGGAAAAGGUAAAUAAGGAAAACCAGAAGACAAAUAAAGGUACACCUGAGAAGAAAAAUAAGGAGGAGAAGGAGAAGAAGGAGAUAUUUGUCAUCGAUCCGUCAGGAAACUUAUAUUACAAUUGGCUGUUUUGCAUCACAUUGCCUGUCAUGUACAACUGGACAAUGAUCAUUGCUAGAGCCUGUUUCGAUGAACUUCAGAGCAACAAUUUACAAAUGUGGUUCAUUUUUGAUUAUAUAUCAGAUGUUAUCUAUGUUGCUGACAUGUUUGUACGAACCAGGACAGGGUACCUGGAACAAGGUUUGUUGGUGAAAGAAGAAAUUAAACUUAAGAAAAGAUAUAAAGGAACAGUUCAAUUUAAAUUAGAUGUACUUUCCAUCAUACCAACUGAUCUGCUUUAUUUCAAAUUAGGGUUGAACUACCCAGAAAUACGAAUAAACAGAUUACUUAGAAUAUCUCGUUUGUUUGAAUUCUUCCAGCAAACAGAAACAAGAACAAGCUACCCAAAUAUCUUCAGGAUCUCUAAUCUUGUCAUGUAUAUUAUAAUUAUUAUACAUUGGAAUGCAUGUAUCUACUUCUCAAUCUCUAAAGCCAUUGGCUUCGGUACAGACACAUGGGUCUAUCCCAACAUUACUCAUCCUGAAUUUGGCCGGCUUGCUAGAAAAUAUGUAUAUAGUCUCUACUGGUCAACACUGACUCUGACAACUAUUGGUGAAACGCCUCCUCCUGUGAGAGAUGUAGAAUAUUUAUUUGUUGUUGUUGACUUCUUAGUUGGUGUAUUAAUUUUUGCUACUAUUGUUGGUAAUAUUGGUUCUAUGAUCUCUAACAUGAAUGCCGCCAGAGAAGAAUUUCAAGCAAGGAUUGAUGCUAUCAAGCAGUACAUGCAGUUUCGGAACGUGAGCAAAGACUUAGAAAAAAGAGUUAUCAAGUGGUUUGAUUAUCUGUGGACAAAUAAGAAGGCAGUGGAUGAAAGAAAAGUCUUGAAGUUUCUUCCAGAUAAAUUACGAGCAGAAAUUGCCAUUAAUGUUCAUCUGGAAACAUUAAGGAAAGUCCAAAUUUUUGCAGAUUGUGAAGCUGGUCUGUUGGUUGAACUAGUCUUAAAACUACAGCCUCAGGUAUACAGUCCUGGAGAUUAUGUCUGCCGGAAAGGUGACAUUGGGCGAGAAAUGUACAUUAUCAAAGAAGGCAAACUUGCAGUGGUAGCUGACGACGGAGUCACUCAGUUUGUGGUACUAAGUGAUGGAAGCUAUUUUGGUGAGAUCAGCAUUCUUAACAUUAAAGGUAGCAAAGCCGGAAAUCGGAGGACAGCCAACAUUAGAAGUAUUGGCUAUUCAGAUUUGUUUUGUCUGUAUAAAGAUGAUCUAAUGGAGGCUCUAACAGAAUAUCCAGAUGCAAAAGCCAUGCUGGAAGAGAAGGGAAAACAAAUCCUUAUGAAAGAUGGAUUACUUGACUUAGAAGCUGCAAGCGGAGGAAGAGAUCCUAAAGAUAUAGAGGAAAAAGUUAACCACAUAGAAAUAAUGCUAGAUAAUUUACAGGUAAGAUUUGCCAGGCUCUUAGCUGAAUAUGAUGCUGCCCAGCAAAAGCUGAAAACAAGGCUAACAGAAGUUGAGAACAUCCUGAAACCACCUAUGGACUUUGAUUUCUCAAAUUUAGAAGAAGCUGAAAUAGUUCCUGGUCAGUAAAGAAUGAAUAAAAACAGAAAUGUACAUAUUCUGAGCCAAAUUAUAAGCUGAUAAAUAAUAAUUGGUAAAUAUGUGGAUUGGACUUGGAUUGUGUUUAUAACAUCCAGUUUCUAUCUUUAAAGCCAACCAGAUAUAGUUAUAUGAACUUACAUUGUAUUGCUAUUCAUAGGGUUCCCAAUUCAGGAUUGUCCCAGGCCCAGAAGUUUCUGGACCAAAACCUGAGACCUAGGAAUGGUCUCUGGUGAUAUUAUGUGCUGUGCAUUAUGUACUGCCAGCUUGUUGUUCAGUCACAGAGGGGUGGGGAGUGGGGGAGAGGAAAAGAGAGAAAGAGAGACAGAAUAUAUUUCACUGUUUAGAAAUUAAGAGAGAAAUCUUAGCUAAAGGGGCUGUUUGCACAUAGCCCUUUCCUCCUGUCUAGAGCUAAGCCUACCAAAGCAGGAGAAUUUGUACCAUUGGGGUGAAACACAUAGGCCAAAUAAAGUAGUUUCAAACUACUUUAAAGCUGGGGCAUUUAGAUGACGCACACCUCCAAAGCAGGCAGAAACUGGAUUGAAGCCAUGUUCUGGGACUAAAAACUGGAACAAAAAGUUCUCAUGAUAUUCCGAUUUAACCUGGAAAAUGCACACCUGCGACCCUGCAUAUAAACGCCCCAAUGCAAGAGUGGUUUUGAAGGAGCGAUCCAUCCUAACCCUAACCCUAAAGCUGAAUAUAAACACACCGGUGCAGGUCUGCAUUUAAAAAAAGGAUGGAGCAUACCCAAGCGGUCAGGGUGGCAAUG